AUGGCCACUGGGGGUGGAGGUCACGGCGGUGCCUCUGGGGGCGGGCAAGGGGCGUGCGGAUCACCCCUUCCCCUGCAGGACACAGGCCGGUCCUCCUCCUCCUCCUCCUCCUCCUCCUCCUCCUCCUCCUCCUCCUCCUCCUCCUCCUCCAUGUUCAAGUGGUGA